ACGCGGGUGUAGCUCUUCCAGCACUGCCAUCUGUUCCAUCACCCCCACAUACACAUGCUCGUCGCGAAGUUACACAGCGGGGGACGCUGCAAAGGGCGCCUGCGUGUACAUCGUAAGGCACACCGGGGGCGCCGAAAUUUCCUGCGCGUGGCCGACUCGGCGGGGUACCAGGAAAAAAAAAAAAUCGAAAGGAUCGCCGUGAGAAGCGAAAGCGAAGCAAACCGGAUGUUGAUGCGAAGCAAACACCUAUGCGGUACCCCCUCACUCCGGAAAAGCAUUUAAAAAAAAAAAAAACGCAGCGCGAUCAAAUGCAGAAUGUCGCAAGUCGAGCAGCAAACGAACCUACAUUUGUAUCCCCCAUCGGUAGAAAAUUGAGAAGAGCACCGCUGCAUCGUCGUAGUUUUCUCCCCUCACUUCAAAAAAAAAAAAAAAAAAAAAACGAACGAUUGAGCCAAGAAGCAGAGCUCACAACGGCGCACAGCAGAUUAAGCAAAAAAUUGUAUGCCCCUAGGUAUGCCCAGUAACAUUGCAGGUGCAUAGGAGCCCGGCCUGGCUUGACAUCCCCAUAUAUCUCUCUACGCCCCCACACACUCGCGCUGAACCCGUUUUGUAACCCACCAUGGAUUUCCCCAAGCUGCUGAAUAAGCCCUCACUAGACUUGAUCAAAAAUGACUUUCCCCACGCGAACAAAUUUGAGUUGGAGCACACGAGCGUUUCGAAGCAGCCGUUCCUGAAGAGCGGAUUCACCUUCGCCAACAACACCUACACGAUCUACACCAAUUUGAAGAAAAGCAUUUACGACACGAAAAAUGAAAUUAAAUUCGACGCCUCGGGGAUAAGUCUGCUGGACGUCAAGUACCAGCCCGCGUACGUGAAAAACCUGCACCUCUGUGGGAAGUACACGAAGAGCAAUGGAAAGGAAGACGACACCUUCGAGGUGUAUAGCGAAUACGCGUCGCCGCACAUGAAUGUCUUUUCCUCCGUCAACGUUAAGAAUCUCUUUUUUAAAUACGUCCACGUGGGUUCGCACCCCAAGUUCCCCGAAUUUAAGUUUGGAGGCCAGCUGCAGGGCAACCUAGACGUGAAGAACCUGCAGUACUCACUUGGAGGCUCCUACACCAAGAGUAACUUUGACAGCCAAUAUAUUUUCUCCUUUCGAUCCAUCCCCACCAACAAGCACGCCUACGGAAGUCUGGCGGUCAAUCUGUUCUUUCAAAACAAAAGCCUAAACGAUAACGCAGUGAGCAUCGAGCUCAUUCAGAAUAUCAUAGAAAAAAAAUCUACAAUAAACGUGGCGUCCAUUUGGUACCUCAACGAUAAGAGCACCGCCGUGAAAACCAAAAUUAGCAACGACACGAGGGUCGCCGUGUCCCUCACGCACAAGUACAACGAGUUUGUGUCCGUCUCGCUGGGCUCCCAGGUCGACGUCAGCAAAAUGUCCCUCCCGGACAGCACCAAGUUUGGAGUCAAGCUGCUCUUAAAGUCCUGA